AUUCAGAAGGCUACUUAUCUCUCAAACUCCACCUAAAGCCCAACAGUAGAGGCCCAUGAUAUUCUCUGCAAACCCGACCCGGUUCAAUUACCUCGACUUGUCCCCUCAAGCAAGCUAAUUCACUAAAAUCGAUCUCUGCAAACACUCGCACCAUCAAAACCCUCACAGAGCUAUUACAAAUUUGCAUCUCGAUUACUUUGUGCACUCGAAACCCUAAUCCAAUUCAUCACGAUGUCGAUAUUCGAGUAUAAUGGUAGCGCUGUGGUGGCGAUGGUGGGGAAGAACUGCUUCGCGAUCGCUAGCGACCGGCGGCUCGGCGUCCAACUGCAGACCAUCAGCACUAACUUCCACAAGAUUUAUCAAAUCCAUGAUAAGCUCUUCCUGGGUCUCUCGGGCCUCGCAACUGAUGCUCAAACCUUGUUUCAGAGACUCGUUUUCCGACACAAGCUAUAUCAGUUGAGGGAAGAGAGGGAUAUGAAGCCUGAAACUUUUGCCAGCCUUGUAUCUGCCCUUCUGUAUGAGAAGAGGUUUGGUCCAUACUUCUGUCAACCUGUAAUUGCCGGAUUGAGUGAAGAAGGCAAACCUUUCAUCUGCACCAUGGACUCUAUUGGGGCUAAGGAACUUGCCAAAGAUUUUGUCGUUUCUGGUACUGCCUCAGAGUCACUCUACGGUGCCUGUGAAUCAAUGUUCAAGCCAGACAUGGAACCCGAAGAAUUAUUCGAGACCAUCUCACAAGCCCUGCUAUCAGCAGUGGACNGUAACCGAAAGAAUUCUGAAGGGAAGGAUGGACUGAUUUACUCGAUAUGUGCUCCGACAUGGGAUUUCGUUUGUUACGUCGAAAAUUUCUGUGUUGCUCAGUUGCUCAAGUUUGUUAUGGUGGCAAUGUUGGUCUAUUUUGUGCUCUUACUCUUGUACCUAUUGUACAAUCUUGGAAUCUGCCAAUGCAUUUGCUGCACAUUUCUCAAAAUCAUGUGUGCCGUUUUUUCCACUUGUUUCUCCGCAUUCGACUUUUGUUGCUCGUAUUUUUGCCACAAGCUCCGAACGAUAAGAAGAGCACAUAAAAGAAGGCGAAGGAGAAAGAGGGACAUUGAAGAAUUUGACGUGCAAACUAGCUCUAGUGAGGACGAAUACGAAUUAGAAGAAAGGUCUCGAAAAAAAACUAGCCAUCUUGAAAACCGAGGAUCACGCUUUAGUAGAAGACGAAACUAUAAAGACGAGCAUUUGAGGAGAUCAUUGAGGCCGACUAAUCAUCGGGCGCGUUUGGAGCUUUCGGGUCGCUUGCAUCGUGAAAGGGCUUUGAAGAAUAGUAGUACUAUUGACGAUCGUAAUAUUUUGCUUCACGAUCAUAUUCGUGUGAAUAGAAGUUCGAAAUUUUCGAAGAAGGGGUCCAAGGUUAAAAAUGGGAUUCAACAUUAUAGGAGGAGAUAGAUCAUUUUAAGGUGAAUGUUUGAGUGAAUUUGAGGGUUUUAAUGGUAAUUGCAUCACACUAGGAGAAGAUGUUGGAUUUUUUAGUACUUUUUAGUAUAUAUCUUUAGUAUCAUGAUAUGAAAUUCUGAACUUUCUUUUAUUUGAUAUGUAUAUUGUUGUAUAUUUGUCGAGCUGAGUUCGACUUGUUAAUAAGUUAAUGUGCUUAUGAACGAGUUCGGGCCCAACUAACUUGUUAACAAGGCUUAACGAGCUGAUAUAUGAUAGAAGUAUAGAAAAUUGCUUAAAACUUAUUUAUUUGUCAAACUUAACUUUAAC